GGGUCUCGCCUCUUUGCACGCUCCUUGCACGCCGCUUAUUAACGUGUGACAUCUCAAAUCACUCGUCACCGUAUGAUUGCUCACAAAAGUCAAUCCAACAAAUAAGUCGGUGAGAUAAUGAAGCAAAUGAAGAUGAAGAUGGCCAUAGAAGCGCCCUAAAAACAGAUAAUGAGGAGGAGGAUUGUAUGGAUAAGGGUUCCAUUAGUGAUGGAGGAGUGUGGGCUAAUUCUAUACUUGUUAAUGAUUUGGAACACGGAAAAGCAAAGCUUCCCCUUCUAAAAAUGCCACCUGGAAGUGAUAUAAACUUCCCUCAUGUAUUUGUAGCAGAUGAGGCAUUUCCCCUCAAAUCUUAUCUUAUGAGACCACAAGGCGCUUUUACAGAAACAUACCAUCUAAUGCAGCAAUCUCAGGCAAUUUUGGAAGAUUUAUUACAGGUGUUUCCUUGUUACACAGUUGAUCAGCUAAACGAGUUAAAUGCGUUAACGCAUUGUCAGUGUCUUUCGAUCGAUUUUUAA